UUGAUACGACACGACGAUACGUCAUCUUUGAACAAUUUCUGCCGGCACCCAUCAUUAGUUAAAGUUGAUUCACUGAAAGGAGUGGAGUAUUAAUUUAGCAACGCACAAGUAAACACAGUGUCCAGUGAGUGAAAAUGGUUAGCCAAGGGGAAUUCGACAAAGCCGCCGAAGAUGUUAAGAACUUGAAAUCAUCUCCAGCUGAUAACGAUUUAUUGGAAUUGUACAGCCUUUACAAACAAGCCACAGUCGGUGAUUGCAAUACAGAUAAGCCCGGCUUUUUGGACUUCAAAGGCAAGGCUAAAUGGGAAGCCUGGAACAAUCGCAAGGGAACAUCAAAGGAUGAUGCCAUGAAUGCCUAUGUUGAAAAAGUCAAGGCUCUGAUUGAAUCUAUUGGUCUUAAAGCCUAAAAAGGAAACGCAAUAUAAGUAAUAGAAAACAGUCCAUUUGAUGUAUUAUUGAAAAUAAUACUGGCAUUUAUUAAGGAGAAAAGGAAAACACGAACAAAAUGUAAUGCACAAUUUACAUUAGUAGUUUGCUAGAAAAUGAAAUAAAAUUAUUCACACAUUUUUUUCAAUACUAAA